AUGAGUCAGGAUCAAGAAUUCAAACAGGUUACGGAGUCAACGAACGCAAUAGCGUAUUUCCAGCAAAAUCCGUACGGGCCAAAUCCAGCAGAUUAUCUGUCUAAUGUGAACAAUUUUGAGUUGAUUGACUCUACUUUGCGUGAGGGAGAACAAUUCGCUAAUGCAUUCUUUUCAACAGAAAAGAAGAUUGAGAUUGCGAAGGCUUUGGAUGACUUUGGUGUGGAUUAUAUAGAAUUAACAUCUCCUGUAGCCUCUGAGCAGUCCAGGAGGGACUGCGAGGCGAUAUGCCAGUUGGGCUUGAAAGCCAAAAUUCUAACACAUAUUCGUUGCCAUAUGGAUGAUGCAAAGAUUGCCGUCCAGACAGGUGUGGAUGGUGUGGAUGUGGUUAUAGGGACAUCUAAGUUUUUAAGGCAAUAUUCGCAUGGUAAGGAUAUGAAUUACAUUGCAAACAGUGCGAUCGAGGUUAUCGAGUACGUGAAAUCCAAGGGAAUUGAGAUCAGGUUUUCCUCAGAAGACUCGUUUAGAUCCGACCUUGUUGACCUGUUGAAUAUUUACAAGACCGUUGACAAGGUAGGGGUUAAUAGAGUUGGUAUUGCGGAUACGGUGGGGUGUGCUAACCCAAGGCAGGUUUAUGAGCUCGUUAGGACAUUGAAGUCUGUGGUUUCCUGUGAUGUAGAAUGUCAUUUCCACAAUGACACCGGCUGUGCCAUUGCUAACGCUUACACAGCGCUUGAAGGUGGUGCCAAGCUGAUCGAUGUUUCUGUAUUGGGUAUCGGUGAAAGGAAUGGCAUUACGCCGUUGGGUGGUCUAAUGGCGAGAAUGAUUGUCGCUGCUCCAGCCUACGUCAAGUCUAAGUACAAACUGCAUAAAAUCAGAGAUAUAGAAAAUCUGGUUGCGGAUGCUGUCGAAGUUAAUGUUCCAUUUAACAAUCCAAUUACUGGGUUUUGUGCGUUUACGCACAAGGCAGGUAUCCAUGCGAAAGCAAUUCUAGCAAACCCUUCAACGUAUGAAAUUCUUGAUCCUCAUGAUUUCGGUAUGACACGGUACAUCCAUUUUGCAAAUAGGCUGACGGGGUGGAAUGCGAUCAAAUCCCGUGUUGACCAGUUGAACUUGAAGUUAUCAGACAAUCAGGUCAAGGAGGUUACUGCCAAGAUUAAGCGACUCGGUGAUGUGAGAUCUUUGAAUAUUGAUGAUGUAGAUUCAAUUAUCAAGGAUUUCCAUGCAGAGGUCGUUACACCUCAAGUCACUGUCAAGAAGGUAAACAACGAUGAUAUCAACCUGCUCAGCAUCGAUCAGCCAUUGAGUAAGAAGACUAGAACUAUUUGA